AUGAUUCGGAAACUGCGUUUUGUUGCUUGUCUCAAAUUGUGUGAUCUCAGGAGCAACUCCAAGAGGAUGGAUUAUAGCGGCGGUGAUGAAUUUGAAGACGCUGGAACACGAACCUCUCUUUUUUCAAUCGCGGAUGCAUUUGAGGAAAUUUCGAAUCUGAUUAUAGAUGGAAGAAAUGGCGAUUUUCCUGUUUUGAAAUUAAAGCCAUUUUGUGAUGCGUGUUCUUUCGUUUCUGUGCUCUUCAUUCAAAAUCCUCUAUUUGGUUUUCAGGUGCGUGAUCUAGAAGAAGCAUCAGAACGCUAUGUGAGUUUAAGCAGUGUAGUUGAUUAUGAUGUAAAAUGGAAGACAGUGAACGAUUACUCCCUAAAAGAUGCAGCUUCAUCAGCUUAUCAACAAGUGUGUGCGCCAUAUCAUUCAUGGGCUGUUAGAACUGCAUUUUCUGCAGGAAUAUGUGCUCUUGCAUCAAGGGAACAACUUCUGCUCAAUUUAAAUGAAACUGAAGUAAGACUGUUGUUGACCAGGCUAAUGUUGCUGACAUGGCACAUGGAAAUGAGAUUGGCUUCUAUAAAAUACAAUGGGAGAGAAGCAAACAACUUUGCACCAGUUUCGUAUGAGGGCGGAAUGGCUCUUUUGACUGGUAGCAGAGGAAAAGUUGUUGCUGCUACUUCCUAUUCUCAAUUCAUCUUCAAUGAAAAGUCUUUUUCGUCCAUUUUCAAAGGACAAGUCUUCAGGAAUGGGAUAUUGAGCAGCUUGUGGGAUCUGGUGGGCAUGCCAUCAUCACAUUCAGCAACUGUGACUGCUCUUGCUGCUGCUACUGUUGGUUUUUUGGAUGGCAUCCGUAUUACAUCAAAAGUUGCCACCUGGGAUCUAGCUGCUCUUAUCUUGAGCGUUCCUCAACACAAACCUGGUGAGGAAUUGCACCUUCCACACCUUCAGAUAUUGGCUAAGCAACAAGCUCAAAGGGAGGAAGAGCUAUCCCAAUCAGGGGCCAUAAUUGUUCGCCGUCGUACUUUAAGCUUCCUGGAAAGAGAUCAGGUAGUAUCAGAUAAACUAAUGACACUCCUCCCAUGCAUUUUCACCUGUGUCCGCCAUUCUCAUGUUGCUGUGAGACUAUCUGCUUCAAGAUGCAUCACAUCAAUGGCAAAGUCAAUGACAGUCAACAUCACGGGCUCAGUAAUUGAAAACAUAAUCCCUAUGUUGGGUGACAUGGCAUCUGUGAAUGCUAGACAAGGAGCAGGGAUGCUAAUGAGUCUGCUUGUUCAAGGAUUAGGCACUGAUCUUGUUCCUUAUGCAAGGCUGUUAGUUGUCCCUCUUUUAAGGUGUAUGAGUGAUUGUGAUCAUUCUGUUAGAAGAAGUGUCACACACAGCUUUGCUGCCCUUGUCCCUCUUUUGCCCCUUGCACGUGGUGUCUCUCCUCCUUCUGGAUUGAGUGAAUGCCUGUUGUCUAGAAGGUUACCAGAAAGAUUAGAAAAGGAAGUACAUGAUCUUCUACCUCCCUCCAUAUCCAAUGGAAUUCGUGUUAUCACUUCCCCUUAUGGUGCAGAUUCUGCAUGGUAUGGAGCAAAACUUCUCAGCAAUUUGAGCACAUUUCCAAAUUCAUGGUGCAUCACUGAGGAGACUCAUGCUUGA